AUGUCGACCCAAAACAGCUCUUCUGAUCCUCUACCGAAGCGCCAGGGCAAGCAUGUCACCACCGCCUGUCUGGGCUGCCGCAAGCGCAAAAUAAAGUGCGACGGCAUUAGUCCUCGAUGCUCGAACUGCGUCCUCUACGGCCAGGAGUGCGUCUUCCAGCAUGGCGUGGACAAACGGAAAAUUGCUCCUAAGGAGAGAUUGCAAGCCUUGACGAGCUAUUGCCAGCAACUCGAGUCAUUACUCAUCGCCAAUGGCAUAGAUGUCCCUCCCCCUCCACCGCUGCAUGUUCAGAGCGUCUUGGUGGACGAUCAAGCUGUGUCAUCAUGGUCGGUAGAGACACCCCUGCCCCAGAGCUUUCCCCCGGUCACACCCCAGCCAGAUUUCGGUAUAUCAGAAUGGCAGGGAGAAGGCAGCCACCAUGGUCGGAAUGCCCCAUUCGUGGCGGGCAACCAUCUCGAUGAUGGCUACUUCUAUUCUGAGUCUUCUCCGGACGUGCCUCAUGCCGACAGUUCGAAUUCCGAUCUCAAAACGACAAUAGUUCCUACUCACAGUGAGGACACUUUGCUCGAUCAGCUAUCAGGGAGGAUGGGCUCGUUACAAAUCGCCGAGGACGGACAGUUACGUUUCUACGGGGCUACUUCUAACUUGCACAUUCUUCAUAAUGGACCGCUCUCUCUGUCGCGAUCCAAAUUCCGCUCUCCGUCCGAACAAGGUGCCGAUCUGCUUAGCGGAGCAGGUGUCGGUCAUUUUGUCGACGAAAGCAUCGAAGACCACCUCUUGCGACUGUACUUCACUUGGGAGGAGCCUUCAAUUCAUGUUGUCGACGAGUCCAUCUUCUGGCGCGAACGAAUGAAUUGCAAAGCCGCAGGUCAAGUUAGUACGCUAUACUCAGAAGUAUUGACCAAUGCAAUGUGUUCAGUUGGAGCGACCCUUACCUCUAGGACUUAUCCUCAUUUGCCUGAUCCUUUGUCGGACUUUUUUGCCACCAGAUCGAAAUUGCUUCUGGAACUCGAGAUGGACGCACCCACUCUGUCGACAGUUCAGUCCUUGGUCAUUCUUAGUGCCGUUGAGGCCCUUCUCACCAGGGAUGCACGUGGCUGGCUUGAUAGCGGAAUGGCCGUCAGACUCGCAGUCGAUUUAGGCCUUCAUCUUGAUCCGGAGCCAUACGUUCAGGCAGGUUUGAUCUCAUGCGAAGAAGGGAUGAUUCGGAAAAUAAUAUGGAGCGGAGUUUUCGUUCACGACAGGAUGUGGAGCUUGUACGUCGGGAGACCCGUCGCACUGGACGACAAACAUAUAACUGUACAGUUCUCUGCGGAAGAAGCUAACCCAGGUCGGGUCCCAAGGUAUUGGUCCCCUUAUGAUGACAGCGAGGCAAUAGAUUUGCCUAGCAUGGUGGACUCAAUUGACGAGCUGGGCGUUUGGAAUGUGAAAUUAUGUGGACACAUGACCGCAAUCAGGGAAACGCUAUACCCUGAUGGUAUGACGGGUCCGACAAACGCCAGACAGCUGUAUCAGUUUGCCAACCAGAUGCGUGACAAGCUGUUGGGCUGGCAGAGGGACCUCCCACCCAGCUUGGCUGUCAAUAACCUAGACAAAAAAGCGUUCUACCUUCCACACGUUCUCCAGCUCCACAUGCAAUAUCAUACCAUUAUGAUCAUCACGUUCCGACCAUUCUUCGCGUCCGCCAAGACCCUACCGGGUCUCACCACGGGUGAAAUUACGACUGGUCGCAACCACUGCACAAACUCGGCCAAUUUCCUGGCAAGGCUAAUUCAGACCUAUCGCCGCCAGUACAGUCUCAGGAGAAUCAAUGUUCAGGCCGUCCACCUCGUCUUUACGGCGACGUUGAUCCAUGUCUUCGCGGCCUGUGCAGCAACGGAUCCAAUUCGAAGCAACAGUGCAUGGAAGAAUUUAGAGAUCUGUUGUCAGGCAUUGAGUGAAUUGGGGCUUGCCUUCAAAAGUGCUUCAAGGGCACUCGAAGUAAUCAUGGGCAUCAAGAGUGACCUGCUCAGGAGAUCGAAGUCGAACGUCAAGCGACAAAAUCCAUGGAGCGACGGCCAAGAGGCGGGAAGUGCGCCAUCGAAGAAGCGGCGACCCACGAAUGCCGAAAGUGAUCUCUUGCAGACACACCAAUCUCCUCAGAGCCAGGGGAGCUCCGAUUUUGGCUUCAAUUUGAGCGAGGCAGACCCUGCGUUUAACUUUUUCGAUACCUCGUACGACGACUUUUCCCUCGAAACUCUGUUUUGGAGUGGUUACACCAACCUCGAACUGCCUCACUUCCCCCCUCAAGAAUCGUGA